CCAGGAAGCCGAGGCUGCUACACUGACACAACGCCCCGGUUUGUCGGCUAAACGGCGAUAUAACAUUAGGAAUCACGUAGUAUAUCCCAACAGGGCUUUUCUUUUUUUGUAUUUUGGUGUUUAAGUUCAUACAAAUCGAAAACAUGGCUUCCCUUUUCAAGAAGAAGACUGUCGAUGACAUUAUCAAAGAACAAUCAAAGGAGCUGCGCGGUACUCAGAGACAGAUCACCAGGGACAGAGCCGCGCUGGAGAAGCAAGAGAAACAAAUGGAGGCAGAGAUCAAGAAAAUGGCUAAGAGCGGUAACCGGGAGGCAUGUAAGAUCCUCGCCAAGCAGCUAGUCCAGUUGCGGAAGCAGAAGAACCGCACCUACGCUGUCAGCUCCAAGGUCACCUCCAUGUCUACGCAGACCAAGGUCAUGAACUCCCAAAUGAAGAUGGCCGGUGCCAUGUCCUCCACAGCCAAGACGAUGCAAGCAGUGAACAAAAAGAUGGAUCCACAGAAGACCCUGAAGACCAUGCAAGACUUCCAGAAGGAGAACAUGAAGAUGGGCAUGACUGAAGAAAUGAUAAACGACACAUUGGAUGAGAUCUUUGACGAGUCUGGGGAUGAAGAAGAAUCUCAGGACAUUGUCAACCAGGUCCUGGAUGAGAUCGGCAUUGAGAUCACAGGAAAGAUGGUGAGAGCUCCAGCUGCAGGAAAGAGCGUCCCCAGUGCUGCCUCCUCCUCUAAACAAGCCACCAUCUCUGACGACGAGAUUGAGAGACAGCUCCGAGCCCUGGGAGUGGACUAAUUGUCUUUCUUUGUAUUAAUGCUCUCAUUAUGAACCCAGUGCAACAUUAAUACUGAGACUCUGUUAGACUCUCUGGUUUUAUCACGGUUGAAAUUCUUCAGGUGUAACAAUAGGUACACACACACACACACACGCAUACACACACAUACUCAUAUAUAUAUAUAUAUAUAAAGAUUUGAAGGCAUGCAGACAGAUCAUAUACAUAUUCAGACAUCCUUUGGCAGGGUGCCUUACAGAUCCCGAUGACAAAACAUCUGAUCUAUUUAUACUAAAAUAAUAUUUAUUAUGACAUAUGUGCAGCCACAGCCUGAAGGUGGUCCAAUAGAUGCUUAACAUAAAGAGAACUGACCCACCUACACUGUUGUUUACCACCCAUCUUCUUCUACAGGGCUAAGGGCUACCUUGAAAUUAGCUUUUCCUAUCUGAUGUUAUGGUUUAACUUCUGUCAACUUUUACGUGACUGAAGAUGGAUGGUCUUUUUGAGCGUUUUAAUGACUUAAACAUGGUAAUUAAAAAAACCUUAAGGGUUGUCAGUAAGCAGAUGGAACUUGAGCUUCCAACUCCAACUGGUUACAACCUACUAUCAUUAUUACCAUCUGAUUCACUUCACUUCUGGGGCAAGCAAUCCUUGUUAGGCUUGUUAAGCAUUCACUGUGAAAUGUUUCCAUUAUUUUGCAGGUAGGAUGCUGUCAUUUAAUUUCUUUGCCAUCAUAAGGAAUCAGAGAUAAGACUUUAACAUGAAAGUGAACGUGAAAAAAUGCAUCAUCACACAAUCAUCACAGAACAAAUGAAACAACUAGCUAAUUAUCAUGCUUUUAAAAAUAGGUAUGUUACCAUAUAUAGAGGAGAAGAUGUAAAUCAGUCAACAUAUGCAUGUGAAAUGUGUAUCUGAUGUUAUUGCCCUCAGGCAAGAAUAAAGCCUUCACUUCACCUCUAAAUAAUGCAUGAGAUUGUGAGAUGAAGUGAUCUGAAGGUAAACUGGCCAGCAUUUAAUUACCACCACUGAGGUUGUGAUGCACAGAUUUUCAGAGAAAACGUAAUCAAACACAAAUUGGGAUUUACGAAAGGCUGGAAUAUCAAAGAGUUUUUAAUCGAUAGUUUAAUACUACUGAGUAAUCAAAUUAGGGUAGGGUUUUUUUGGGGGGUUUUUGGUUGAUGUUGCUAUCUGAUCAUGUAUCUUAUAUUGGACAUGGGAUUUAUACAGUGAUUGUAGGAUGGCACUGGUCAUGCAGUCCUUCUUCUCUUACAGCUGCUGUGCAGUUACUGUCACUUGUUAUUUUAAGCUGCCUCACAAACAUACAAACACACUACAGCCACGGUGUGAAUGAAGUGUUUGCCAACACUGUGAUCCAGGAGAUGUUUUCACCUCUUCAGAGCUGAAGGUGAUUCUUCUGUCUGAUCAAUUUAUGUGUCAGCAAGCUUCAGGCCUCAUGAGAGUGACAUUGGCAUCUGCUGAUGUUGGUUUAGUUUUAGUUUUUUGCUCUCUCUGGCAUUUUGUUUCCAUUGCCAAAAAACGUUUCUUGCGUGUGUCUGACAUGUAGUACAAUACGUAAUCCAUUGUUUUUGCAAAACACUCCUUCCUUUACUGCUUAACAAUCUUUUCUGAUUGUGAGUGUGAACAAUGUUUUAACAGAUUUUGACAUUGAUUGAGUGUGAUUUGAUUGUUAGGAAACUUCCACACUUUUGAAGUGUAUGUAUCCUCAUCUUUCUUUGUUUCCUUAGUCAUUGUAAAGUGACUAUGUACAGGGGCUUUUAUAAAUAAUAAAGUUUCUU